CCCGGCCCGGCUCUGCCCGCCCGGUGGAGGCGGAGCCGCGCAGGACUCGCCGCCGCUGCCGGAACGGCUGCCGCCCGCGCCGGGGCCAUGGAGGACUUUCACCCCCACAACGAUGAGAUGAUCUUCAAUGCUGAUGAGGCCCACAACAUAGUUAAGGAGUGCAUAGAAAAUGUUUUAGGCAAGGCAGAUUAUAAUCACAACAAAGUCAACCAAUGGACUGCUGCUAUAGUGGAACAGUCACUGACCCAUCUGGUGAAACUUGGGAAAACCUAUAAGUACAUUGUCACCUGUGCAGUGAUGCAGAGGAGUGGAGCUGGUCUUCACACAGCAAGCUCAUGCUUCUGGGAUACCACAACUGAUGGAACCUGCACAGUGAGAUGGGAAAACAGAACCAUGAACUGCAUUGUCAAUGUGUUUGCUGUUGCUAUUAUCCUGUAGCUGAGUGGAAGAGAAAUAGAAGCAACACCGAAGCCUUUAAAAAAUAAAUCGUCCUAACCCAUGGCUAAA